AUGGCGCUGAGCCCAGAGCCCGUGAGCAGCUUCCCCACGCCCGAGUCCCCCCGCAGCCCCAACGCAUCGCUCAACAGCUCGUGGGCCAGCCCCGCGGAGCCCGGCGCGCCGGAGGACCUGGUGGCCACCGGCGCCAUCGGGGCGGUGCUCCUGGCCAUGGGCGCGGUGGGCGUGGCCGGCAACGCGUACGCACUGGUGGUCACCUGCCGCUUCCUGCGCGCCGCGGCCUCGCUGCACGUCUACAUCGUCAGCCUGGCGCUGGCCGACCUGCUCUACCUGCUCAGCAUCCCCUUCGUCGUGACCACCUACGUCACCAGGGAGUGGCACUUCGGGGACGUGGGCUGCCGCGUCCUCUUCAGCCUGGACUUCCUGACCAUGCACGCCAGCAUCUUCACGCUGACCGUCAUGAGCCGCGAGCGCUGCGCCGCGGUGCUGAGGCCGUUGGCCACCGCGCAGCGCUCCAAGGGCUACCGCAAGGGCCUGGCGCUGGCCACGUGGCUGCUGGCGCUGCUGCUGGCGCUGCCCAUGAUGCUGGCCAUCCGCCUGGUCCCCAGGGGCCGCAAGAGCCUCUGCCUGCCGGCCUGGGGCCAGAGCGCCCUCCGCGCCUACCUGACGCUGCUCUUCGGCACCAGCAUCGUCGGGCCCGGCGUGGCCAUCGGGCUGCUGUACCUGCGCCUGGCGCGGGCCUACUGGCUGUCGCAGCGGGCCUCCUUCCCGCGGACGCGGCGGCUGCCCAACCCCCGCGUGCUGCAGCUCAUCCUGGGCACCGUGCUGCUCUUCUGGGCCUGCUUCCUGCCCUUCUGGCUGUGGCAGCUGCUCGCGCAGUACCGCGGGGCCCAGCCGCUCUCGCCCCGCACCUCGCGCAUCGUCAACUACCUGACCACCUGCCUCACCUACGGCAACAGCUGCGUCAACCCCUUCCUCUACACGUUGCUCACCCAGAACUACCGCGACUUCCGCCGGCGCUCGCCCCGCAGCAGGAGCGCCCUCGCGCAGCGCCCCGCCCACUCCCAGCGCUCCUCCGGCCCCGCUGUCUCCUGCAGCCCGCAGGCCUCCGAGCCCAUCAGCCUGUCCCAGGAGGUCCCAGGGGCGCCCUUGCCUGAGCAUCCUGGUCUCUGGGCUGGCCCUGGGAGUCCCCUGCCCUCCCUUCCCCGUCACUCGCUGCAGCUGUCCGCCUGGAACUGCCCUGUGCCCCGCUGGCCCAGCCGCGCCGAGUGA